GACGGGACGGACGGGGGGCGGCCUCGCGGCCCUCGCCGGCGCGAGAGGGGCCGUCACGUGAUGUUUGGGUGCCGGCUCCGCCCCCCGUACCGCCCCUCCCGCCGAGAGCGCACGGAGCGCGCCCGCGAGCCAGCGAGGCCCAGCUCUGCAGGAAGGCGGCGGCCCUGCCUUCUGUGAGAAGAUGUCCUACGGAUCCAUCGCUGGCAGCGGCGGCCUGGGGAGCCGCGGCCCUUUUGGGGGGCCCUCCACACAAGGCUAUCGGCCCCUAGAGUGCGCUAAAUGUUGGACUGAGUACGGAAUCCGUCAUUUCCCCUGCCCGUCGCCAGAGAGCAGCCUGCAGGACCCCUGUGUGGGAAAGGACGGGGAAGGUGAUCUGGGGCCGGCCGGUACGCCCAGAGGCCCGAGGGCCAGGAAGCGAGGGCCAGGGGUCUCCACGGACGGCAGCAGGACACCGGAGCGCACCUCGCCGCCUGCCGGCCCGAGGAAGGACUUGGCUGCAAGGGCCCAUGGCCGGGUGGCGGGGCCCAGGGCCUCCCGGGCCAAGAAGAGGAAGCCCAACUUCUGUCCGCAGGAGACGGAGGUGCUGGUGGCCAAGGUCAGCAAGCACCACCAGCUGCUGUUUGGCACCGGGCUGCUGAGGGCUGAGCCCACCCGGAGGUACCGCGUGUGGAGCCGCAUCCUGCAGGCCGUGAACGCGCUGGGCUACUGCCGCCGCGACAUCGUGGACCUCAAGCACAAGUGGCGGGACCUGCGUGCCGUCGUGCGGCGCAAGCUGGGCGACCUGCGUGGAGUGGCCCCUGGCCCCGGCCCCGCCAAGCCCCAGGCCCUGGCCCUCACGCCCGUGGAGCAGGUCGUGGCCAAGACCUUCUCCUGCCAGGCCCUGCCCUCGGAGGGCCUCAGCCCCGAGCUGCCCAGAGCCACCCAGAUGGACCCGAGUGACCUUCUCCAGGAACUGUUCCAGGAGACGUCGGCCAGCGUCUUCCGAAUCAACUCGAAUGUGACCUUCUUGGAGCAGAGCCUCCAGUCCCUGGGGACGCCAAGUGACACGCAGGAGCUGCGGGACAGCCUGCACGCGGUGCAGCAGCAGACCAACCCCGCGGUCGCAGCCAGCGCCAGUGCCCUGAAGCAGAGGGCUGAGCUCCUGCGGGGCUGCUCCCGGCAGGAGCGUCUUCAGCUGGACCGUCUGAAAACUCAGCUUUCAGACGCCAUCCAGAGCUAUGGAGUGGUGCAAAAGAAAAUUGCAGAAAAGUCCAGAGCACUGCUUCCCACAGCACAGAGGGUUGGCAAGCAGCAGAGUCCCCAGGCCCCAUUUGCCGAGCUGUCCGAGGACGAGAAGAUCUUUAACGGAGGCGACGGCGUGUGGCAGGCCCAGGGGCAGGCGCUGCUUCCGGAGAUCACCGAGGAGGACCUGGAGGCCAUCCGGCUGCGCGAGGAGGCCAUCCUGCAGAUCGAGAGUGACCUAUUGGAUGUGAACCAGAUCAUCAAGGACUUGGCCUCCAUGGUGUCAGAGCAAGGAGAGGCCAUCGAUAGUAUUGAAGCCGGCCUUGAGGCUGCGUCCUCGCACGCAGAGGCGGCCAGUGAGCUCCUGGCUGGAGCCAGCCGGCACCAAAAGGGCAGGAUGGGUCUGUCCAUGUCUGCUGCCUUCCUGGAGGGCGCGGGCCGUGGAGAGGGCCGCCUGGCCUUCUGGCCGCUGGGCCGGCUGUGUCCAUGUCUGCCCCUGGCCUGGCCCCCGGCUGGAGCUGGUGGGGCCCUCUCUGCUUGGGACGAGUUGGCCGGCUCACAGGGAGCAGGCUCGGACCUGGGUCCAGCAGGGAGGGGGGGCCAGCAGCCGCCCUCCGCUUGCUCCGCAUCACUCGCUGGCCCCCCGCUCCGUGCCAGGCCCCGACUCGCAGAGGUGGAGCCCACAGAGCGCAUCUCUCCUGGAGCGUGCGUCCUAGGGGAGGGCGGGGUGGACAGUCCAGUCCAGUGA